AUGUCUUUGAAUUAAUAAUAUAUUAAAAAAAAUCUAAAAUAAGAUAGAGAGUCAAUAGUUUUUACUUCAGAAGAUUCAUUCUAUUCAGAUAAUUCAUUUAAUUAAUCAUUAGAGAAUGAUAAUAAUAAUGAUUUUAAAAACACUUUGUUUCAUCUAAAGGAAUAAAUGAAUUAAUUUUUUCAAGUAAAUCCAGAACUUUAAGAUCAUAUAAAAUACGAUAAUAUACAAAAUUAAAUGAAAAAUGAAAUUAAACAUAUUUAAAGCACUAACACAAAUUAGCAAAAUUUAAAUGAUUAAGAAAAAAAAUAAAAAGAGAAAGAACUAAAAAAUAAAUCUUAAUUAUGGUCCAAAUUAAGUAAUACAAUAAUAAGGAAUAGUCGAUUUUAAUAAAAAAUACCUUCUUUAGAUACUUUAAACCAUAGAUUAAAUGUUUAUCAUUAAAAUAUCGAAAAAAUAGACUAUUUAGAAGUUUUAUAAAACGAAAUAAGCAAAUAAUCUUAAAAAUAAAACAAAGAAAAAGGUCAAGAGAAAAAUUUUUUAUUACAAUAAAAUUAUACAGGAUAUAAUAAAACAAAAAGCAACUAUAACUAAAAUAAGGAUUCAUUUACAGAAGAAGAAUAAUAAUUCGAUUUAAACAGAGAAGUAAAAUACUAUUCCUAUAAAAAAAAAAUGGAAGUUUUAAUAAGCAAUUCUUUAUAUUAAUAAAAUAUAUAAUUGGUAGACUAAUAAUAUUAGUCUAAAAAGUCUAUUAUAUAUAAAUUAAAUAAUAAUAAUAAAAAUAUUAUUGAUAUAUAAAAUAAUAAUAAUAAUAAUUUAAAUCAUAAUAACGAUAUUAUUUUAAAAUUAAAAUAAUAAUUCUAAACCAAAAUUGGAAAAUAAUUAUUAAUAGCAGUUUAACAAAGUAAAGGAGAUAAAGAAUAGUUUAAAAAAAUAGCAUAAAAUAUAUUAAAAGAAUAUGAUAAAAAUAAAUAAAAUAUUCUCAAAAAUAAUAAAUUUCCACCAAAUAUUCCUAAAUUUAUUUAGGAAGAAAAUAGAGCCUUGAAUUAAUUAUUACCUGAUUUUAGUAAUCUUUUAUCUACUUAAAAUAAUAAAAUCGACCCCUUUGAAUUAAUAAAAGAUUAUUAACCAGAAACUAAUUCAUAGGAAUAUUAAUAAAUGUAGUUGAUUGAAAAAUUAUCAAAUGGAAAAAUAAUUACUUAAUGGAAAUACUAAAUUAAUAAUUGA